AAAUAUAUCCGCAUUUUAGCGCAACUCAACACUGUACUACAGCUGAUUUUGGCCUUUGGGGCAGUGUUUUGAAGAAAUUCAACGCAUCACGGAAUUUAACAGUUGUUCCUCACAGUACCUUAGUCAGCUAAGCGCUGCCGAAAAGAUGAGCGAUGAACCAUGGCCCGAAGAUGCGGUCAUCUACCAGCCUUACGAGGCUGAACAGAUACUUUUACCCGAACAUGCAAGCUGUUUGGCAGUAAAAGCAUAUCUGAAGAUGUGCCAACUUCCAUUCGAAGUACGUUCCUGUGCGAACGCGGAAUAUAUGUCGCCUGGUGGACGUCUGACAAAAUUACCAUAUCUACGAGCUGGCACAUUCAAUGUGUCGGAAUUCGAACACAUUGUUAAUUUUGUGGAACAAAAGGGUGUUGGUAUUGGACAGUGGCUGGACGACGACUACAAAGCAGAUAUGCGUACAUAUGUAUCUUUGGCUGAAAAUAUAUUUACAAUGGCGGAACUUUACAUUAGCUUUGUCAAUAAAACUGUAUACGAAAAAGUGACAGCACCACGAAAUGGCUGUGUAUUUCCAUGGCCACUAAACCUCAUUGAGAAUUAUACAAAACGGCGCAACACUUUACGUAUCCUGAAAGUUUACCAAUGGAAUGACAUGACAAUAGAUGAUGUUAUCGAGAAAGUGGAAAAGUGCUGUGAAACAUUAACUUUAAAACUAGAAGAAACACCCGAUGAGCCGUUCUUCUACUCAAAUCAGCCAUGUGAAUUGGAUGCUAUCGCCUUUGGACAUCUCUUUGCAAUUAUAACAACGGAUUUGCCAAAUAUGGCUUUGGCGCAAACUGUACGAAAGUUCAAUCGCCUGGUAGAAUUUUGCCAAUUUAUUGAUAGCAAAUAUUUUCAAAUGAGGUCACUAUAAAAUAUUUAUAUGUAUGUUUUUGUAUUGAUGUUUGCUUGUUGCUUAUGCUUAUGGAAAAAAAAAUAUUGUGUAAAUUGUGUUACAUACAAUUUAUUAUAGAUAUUUGCAUAAAUUUAUAUACUUACUUAUUUAUGACCUUCUUCUGCAUUUUGCCCAAUCCAAGCGAGGCAUUAAAAUGCAUUUCUUUGCUUUUAAACAUGUACGUGCAAUGUUUUAGCGAUUAGCAUUUGUUUGAAUUUCUCAAAAAUAGCACUGCUUCUUCAUACUGUUCGAAUACUUAGAUAAAAUUAAAUAUGUAUUUCAACCCAUGGCGCGUGCAUAUUCUCAUUUCUUUCAUAAAAUUUUAAUUCUUGGCGUGUACAUAUUAAUUAUUUGCUUACAAUUUGUUGAAAACGAUGUACAUAAUUACAUUGAAUAUUUUUUGUUGCUUACGCAGAUUCUUUAGAAAUGUAUAUGUAUGUAAACGUAUGCAAGAGUUUACUAAAUAUUUCUUUUGUUUCUAGUAAGUAAAUCUGGAUUGUAACGGCGACCGAAUUUGAGAUCAAACCCACAUAAAUAUAUACUUUACCACUGUAUUUUUUUUUUAGAAUAUUGUACUGAAAUAUAUACCUGAUGAACAUCCAUAUAUUAAUAAAUUGUUAAUAAAAUCUGGUAACAUAAAAUAAAAGAAACUUUAAUUCA